GCCAAACGGUAGCAUCCGUUUUCCAUAUUUAGAGAUUGUAGUUUUUGUUGUAUUCACUGUGUAUUUAGUGUUUUGUAUGAAUACCAACUUUUUUUUUUAAAUUGCGUUAGUAUUAAACCAUUUGAAUAAAGUGAUAAUUAUUUAUUAUUAUUUAACCAUAAAAUACCAACGUAAAUAGUGUAGUAGGAAUGUCAGAUUUUUCUAUUGAUUAGUUUAAUUACCGGUUGUAUAAGCAUCAUAAACAUGAGUAAUUUAGGAGCUUUUGCCGGUGGAAAAAAUCCCGCAUGGGGACGGACAGCAGUUUCAAACGCUUCGAAUAGUUUAGUGAGCCAGAAUAAUGCUCUGCAACAGCAGUUACUUAAUCAAAGUACACUCGGAAAUAUGAACACCUCCGGAAUGGUUCAAUUUCAGCAGCAACACCAACACCAAGUUUUUCAAAAUGCUAUGGGAAUGCCACAACAAAACCUAAGCUUAGGGUUGCAACAAAUUUCUAACCCCUCCGUGGCCAUGAGUGGCAUGAACGCCGGCUUAGGGACACAACUUACAUCAAAUCAACUGUUUCAACAAGUCGGUGCCGUAACAUACCCAAAUCCUCGAGCUUUAAAUCCUACAGCUUUCCAAACCCAAACAGUUACGGCAGUACAACCUGCAGCUAACACCAGUGCAAAACAGAGAGUGUUCACGGGAACUGUUACAAAGGUGCACGAUAACUUUGGGUUUGUCGAUGAAGACGUUUUUUUCCAAACAUCGGCUUGUGUAAAGGGUUCAAAUCCUACAGUAGGCGAUAGAGUUUUAGUUGAAGCAUCGUACAAUCCUAAUAUGCCUUUUAAAUGGAACGCUACUCGAAUUCAGGUACUUCCGACAUCGAAUCCGUCAGUUACUACUCGAAACUCGGGUAAUCAAAAGAGUAACAUUUACAAUGCAGUACCUCCACCCGGCGAGAACAACACGAGUUUCGGAAAAAAUCAACGAAGUAAAGCUGCACUGGGAGGGCGUGGUAGGGAGAGAUCUAGAGAUAGGGAUCGGGAGGAGGAAGAUAUGGAAAGAAAAAAACGACGUGAGGAAAGAAUGAGGGAACGUGAGAAGGAAGAGAAGAAGUCUCCUCUACGUAGGCGAUCUCGUUCCCCCAAGUCAAGGCGAAGGUCCAGAAUUGUACCCAGAUAUAUGGUGCAAAUUCCAAAAAUUAACUUGGAUUUGAAAAAUGCAGACGUGUUAGAAAUCCGCCGACGUUAUGCUAAUCUGUACGUGCCGUCCGAUUUUUUCAGUAGCUAUUUUCGUUGGGUCGAUGCGUUUCCUGCCGAUAAACAGUUUUCCUUAAGUAAACCGUCAUUAUUUCACAUAAUGCAUAAAGAUGUAGAUCCAUUUGCUACCAAUCAAUCAGUGCUUGAACCACCUGAUGCGGAUUAUAUAUUUUCUGCCAAGGUAAUGUUAAUGAGCGUACCAGGCAUGGAAGAUAUUUACCAGAAAUGUUGUGCAAUGGCCGAAGAUAAAGAUAAACGAGAUCGUGAUAGUGAAGAAAGAGACUUUGUUCAUCCGACGAGACUAAUCCAAUUUUUAGUCGGUCUUCGUGGGAAAAAUGAAACGAUGGCUAUUGGUGGUCCAUGGAGUGCAUCUUUGGAUGGGGCCUGUCCAGAAAGUGAUCCAUCAGUUUUAAUCAACACUGCCAUUCGAACCUGUAAAACUUUGACAGGAAUAGAUCUUUCUCCAUGCACGCAAUGGUACCGAUUUGUGGAGCUCUACUACCACCGCAGCGAGUCUACUCACAAGGGCAAAGUGAUACCGGCGAGGGUUGAAACAGUGGUGGUCUUUCUACCUGAUGUUUGGAGCUGUCUUCCAACCCGCCUGGAGUGGGAUGGUCUUCAGAUUCGCUACCAAAAACAGCUGGAGCGCAAGUUGAAAGCUGACCAGGAGACCAACAAGCAUCCCACCACAGACGAAAAGGAGGAAGAAGCUGUUAGUGAAACCAAGGUGGAACCGACUCAUUAUUCUCAAUUGGAUCCCAAAAACAUGCUCGUAGAUGCCCUUCGAAUUGAGCUCAGAGCUAGAAAUAUUAGCAGUAAAGGCCUUAAAUCACAAUUAGUUGCUCGUCUGACCAAAGCCUUGAAAACUGAAACGGAUAAAGCGGAAGAUCCCGUUAAGGACAGCCCCAAGGAUACACAACUCGAAGUGGCUGAGGAAAAAAAAUCUGAGGGCGAAGAAAGAAAAUUAGACGAAAAAGAGAAAGCUCAACUGGAAAAGCGUUACGCAUUACCAGAACAGCCACACAUUUUGGUCCAUCCUUCGAGAACUGCCAAGUCCGGUAAAUUUGACUGCACCAUUAUGUCGUUGUCUUUGUUAUUGGAUUAUCGACCAGAAGAUACGAAGGAACAUUCAUUCGAGGUUUCUUUAUUCGCAGAAUUAUUUAAUGAGAUGUUAAUGAGAGAUUUCGGCUUUAAUAUAUAUAAAGCUUUGUGUGAACUGCCUGAAAUGGCAAAGGAGAAAGACGAAAAAAAAAGAAAAGACGAUGAAAAAAAAGAUGAUGAUAAGAAGAAGGAGGAAGACAAGAAAAAGGACGAGGAUAAGAAAAAAGAUGAAAAAGACAAGAAAGAAGAUCGUGAAAAAAAGAGUGAAGAUCGCAAAGAUGAUAAAAAGAAGGACGAGGAGCGAAAAAAGGAUAAGAAAGAAGAAAAGAAGAAUGACAAUCUUGAUGAUUCGGAGGACGAAGAGGAUUAUGAUGAGGAUGAUUAUAAAGAUAAAAAGAAAACUGACAAAGACAAAAAGAAGAAGGAACGACCAAAAAUGUUCACUAAGGAUCGUAAUCUUCUUCUGUCAUUUGUUUAUUUUGACCAAACUCACUGCGGUUACAUCUUUGAAAAAGACAUGGAAGAUCUUUUAUUUACUUUGGGGUUAAAUUUGUCCAGAGCUCAAGUGCGGAAAUUAGUGGCAAAAGUUAUAUCUAGAGAUUCUUUACAUUACCGAAAAUUGACAGAUAAACCAAAGGACGAGGAUUUUAUUGUUAUUGAUGAUUCUGAGAAAGAUGCUAAUCUUAUGGAGUUGGCUACUGGCAACAAAAAACUGUUGCCAAUAUUUAAAAGUAACUGCACUGCAACAUCCGAGGAGAAUUCGUCUAAAUCUGCUGCAACUACUGAUGGAUUAGUUAUCUUUCGUGGUGCAUUGGUUGAUGUCACUAAAUUAAUGGCUCAGUUAGAACGAAGUGAUAAGGCACGAAUUCAAACAGAAGCAAGAAUGAUGGAUUUAAAAAAUGAAAAUAGUAAAAUCACAGAAAAAUACAACAAAAGUAGCAGUAACAUCCGUAGUUUAAAUUCGGAGUUGAAGGAAUACAAGGAAAAGUUAAAAACCUCGGAGGAGUCGUUAGUUCGAAUAACGGCAUACUACCAACUAUUGCAAGCGACAUUGACAGAUAUUCGAGAUAAAAUUGAUCCUGUUUUAAAGAGUACUAUGUAUUCAAAAGAAGAAUCUUCACGAAAAGACAAAGACACUAACGAGAAGGAAAAGAAACAUGAAGAAGGAAAAAGUAGGUGGGAAAAAAAUGUAAAAGAAGAGCCAAUGGAGUUGGAUGCAACUGACGCAUCAGAGGAUACUAAACCUGCAAAAAGUGACAAAUUGACACUAUAACAGUCUUAGUCUUAGGUAAAAUUCAGCUUUUCAUACACAUUGUUGUAUAAUUUCACUUAUUUUCUUUUUUAAUAUAAUGUCUUUCAUUAAUAGUGCACGUGUCAGUACUAUUUCAUACAAAAAAUGGAUUUGUUUAUAAAAUUGUACCUGUUCAUGAUUAACAUUGAAAAGAAACAAAUAAAGUAUUCCACAUGGUGGCGCGUAUCUAAUUU